CUUUAUAAGGAGCACAUGCAGCAACUAACAGUUGCAGAGCAGCAGCCUCUCAGUGUACUUCUUUGCAGGAAAGAAAGCAAAGCUUUUGAAUCCUAAUAACAGCAAUUAUAAAUGUUAAAACAGAUGGGAAGAACAAGCCAAACUGUGCUAAUUAUUUUGUAUGUAUUAAUAACUGUUAAAGCUUUUGAAAUGGAAGUUAUACCAGCUGACAGAAUUGUUGCACGGAUUGGAGAAACACUGAUACUCACAUGCAAUACUACUGGCUGUGCAUUACCAAAGUUUUCAUGGAGAACCCAAAUGGACUACCCCCUUGGAGGAAAAGUAUACAACGACAAGACAUACUCUACCUUAACUAUGAGUCCAGUUAGUGCUGAAAAUAAUAAUGAUUAUUUAUGUACUGUCAUCUGCAAUAAAGAGAAAAAAGAGAAGAGUGUCAAAGUUGAACUUUACUCUUUUCCCAGUGAUCCUGUCAUUAAGACCACUGCAUCUUUAGUUGUUGGAGAAACUGCCACUGUCAUCUGUAAAGUACAUGAUGUGUUUCCUUCUGAUCACCUGGAAUUACUCCUAAAGAAAGAGGAACAUAUUCUUCAUAGCAAAACUUUUGAAGGAGAUGUCUGCACAAAAGCAGAAACCAAGACUGUGGCAUACUCAUUUAACCUCACGACUGAAGACAAUGGUAAAGAGAUUACUUGUGUGGCCAGAUUACAAAUUGCUGGUAUGGACUUUGAGCCCAAUGAAAGGUCGACUUCUUUGAAACUGAAUGCAAACUUUGGUCCACAAAAUACUUUCAUUAGUGCAUCUCCGGGAAACUUAUCAAUGGAAGGACACUCUCUGAAACUUACUUGUGUGACUGAGAGUAAUCCACCAGCACAAGUAUUUUGGAGAAAACAUCUGGCAAAGGAAACCAUUCAGCAUUUCGUAGAAAACAAUGUUCUUUCUAUUCCUCAUGCCCAUUUCACUGACUCAGGACAGUAUAUCUGUGAAGUAAUUAAUCCUGUAACUAAUAAAACCGAGAAAGCAACUGUGAACAUUGUUAUACAAGCUCCACCAAAAAAUACAACACUAACAGUUUUCCCAUCGAGUUCAGUGAAAGAAGGAGAAAGUGUUACCAUCUCUUGCACAGCUACAGGUGUCCCAGCUGUUCAGAUUAUCCUAGAAAAGAAAAUAGGUGGUGUGAUCACAACCCUUAAAACAGAAGAUGGCAAAUACACCAUAGAGAAGGCUCAGCUAAAGGAUGCAGGAAAAUAUGAGUGCACAUUCACUAACAAAUUUGGAAACCAUUCUCUAGAUGUAGAACUUGAUGUCAAAGUUCCUCCUCAGAAUAUUACUGUGUUAGUUUAUCCAUCGGAAAAUGUUAAAGAAGGAGAAAAUAUCACAAUUGUGUGCAGCACAUACAGUAACCCACCAUCACGGAUGAUCCUGAAAAAGGUUAAUCAAGAGAAAGAAAUAAUUCUACCAGUAGCCAAUGGAACCUUUACACUCUACAAUGUCACCAAAAAUGAUACAGGCAGAUAUUUGCUUGAUGUUUUCAAUGAGGUUGGAAGCAACAUCAAAGUGAUAGAGAUAGCUGUUGUAGGAAAAUUGGAAAAACCAGAUCAAAUUAUGCCCCUGAUUAUUGCAUUCUCCUGUGUAACAGCAGUAGCUAUACCUGUGGUUGCAAUUUUGAUCUACGUGUCAAGAAAAGCAAAGAUAAAUGGAUCCUACAGUCUUGUUAAAGCAUUGAGGCUGAAAGUGUGAUUGUGUGAAUAUAUGUCUAAAUAGUUCAUAAUAAGCAAUGUUAUUUAUUGUUGUAACUCUUUCUACGCCUAUUCCAAAACAUGGUAGCAAACAAGUGAUUUGAGAACAGUACUGUGAAAUAGCAAAUGAAAUUUUGGGGGGCUUUAAGAGGUAUUUCAGAAUUUAAAUUAAAGGGAAGUUUAGCAGCCUGUCUUAGGAGUAGGUAUAGCACUUCUGCAUUGAAGCGUGCUAAACCUAGAGUUCCUUGGAGAACUAGGUUUGUACAUAGUGUAUAAAUUGUUACAAAUACGAUUAAACUGAAUUUCAGUUUGUAAAAUUGCAGUCUCUGCAGCUGUACAUAGACAUGUUGUUAAUUCAAUAAUAUAAAUAAGCGUUAUUUGAACUUACUGAUUAAUAAUAUUUUAUUUUGUAUUAUUCUAAAGAUUGAAUGUUUUUAAUAUAGUCUUUUUGCUUGUGGCAAUGUUUGGAAAAUGUUCUCUUUUCACUUAUUUUGCUGUAAACUGUGUACCUUCAAAGAAAUUACACAAUCACAGGGUUAUACACAUCUGAUUAUUUUAAAUUAACUUAAGACCUCAAGACUCAUUUGUGAAGCAUUGUAUUUUAGUUAGUGAAACAUUAUUAUAAAUAUUACAGAGGAAGGGGCUGGAAUUAUAAAAUAGAUAGUUUUAGGACAGCUGAAGCAUUUUUAUAAGAAUUAGUCAUUCAUAAAUCAGUGACAAAAUUCUGCUGCUUCAUAAUGAACAAAUUAGACCCUUUAUUUUGAAUGUAAGCUGCCAAUAAGUAUGCUUUGGAGAUUUCCACUACAAAAUACUACCAGUGUGUUUCUUCUAAAUCCCCAUAGUGAUUCUUGCUUAAUAUGUUGUCAGAAUACCUGCUUUCAUACUUUCGUGCUUUCAUAUCCAGAAAUCACCUGCUGUGAUUUUGUUAGUUGAAAAUGUAGUUACUUUUUACCUGUGGACUUCCUCUGAUAUUUGUAAACUUAAAGAGAUCUUGGUGUAGGUUAGUAUUACUAAAGAGAAAGCUUGUGUAGUUCUUAAGCACAUUUCUGUAGAAGGAGUUAUUGAAAGCUUACUAUCCUUAGCAAAAGCAAGUUCUAGAGUCAUGGGAAGUCCUGAGGCAAGCAAAGCAAAGGCACAAGCAAAGCAGGUAACCUAAGCAGAGAGAGAAUCUAUAUGACCUCAGCCAUGGUGGUGGUUGUUUCCUGAAGCAAUGUCCUUCUCAGGCUGCUCACUGUGGAAAACCAAGUCACUUGUCUGACAAUCAGUGCCUGUGUGCAUUACCCUCCUUAGUGCCUCUUUUCAUCACAUUCUCUUUCCAGUGCUGGGAAAAUGCCUAUGAAAAUAGUAGGUCUUCUGUGCAGAGGCAAAGAUGAGAGGGAAUGAGAAGUGGAAUUUAAUGUUAUUCUCUGCUUGCCAGCAGUACUGCUUUGACUCAUGUGGUUAGUGAUGUUCACUGAAGAUAAAACUCUACAAGGUACAAAGCAGUAUUAAGUGAUCAGGCAUUGAGGUGCUGGAGUACUUUUACCCCCAGCUGCCCGGAGCCACUGUGUUAGGCACAACAAUGGGGUGCUGGCUGCUCCAAACUUGCGUGAAAAUGCAAGAUCAGAAAUACAUAUAUGAAAGGAAUUUCUCUGUGUUAUUUACUAUCUACAAAUGGUAGCACCUGCCCCCAGCAGCAAAACAAACAGAUGUCUUUUGAUAGCUAGCUGCAGGAUGAGGUGGGGUACAAAUCUCUGUGUCUUCUUCAUAGCAUCUUCAGAAGUGCUUUGUGAACAGUAAAUCGUUUCAUGCAGGGUCCUGUGCUUCUCUUCAGUUGGAAUGGGAGCUUCGGAAAGUGAGAGUGUAGUAGAAAAAGAGAAGUAUGGACUUGGCUUGAAGGAACAUGAGCUUGAAGUAGGAGGGUGAAGAAAAGAUUGAAGACAGAGAAGGAGGAGAGCUUUGAUGGGCUCAUGACAUAAAUUUCUUGGAGGUAAUCCCAAGCAGGUUUAUUCUAAUGUCAGGCAUAUCUCUCUGCUGACUUGUGAGCAAACCAGAAAGUAUGAUUUUUUUCCCUGUAUGAAACUUCAGUGCAUACACAUUUUGUCUCCUGGAUAUAAUUCUUGUUGCUGGAAGACCUGGAAGAAAAAAAAAAAAAAAAAAAAAAAAGAAAAAAUUGCAUAGGUUGUUUCAGUUUGGAGAGAAUUCUGAAGAAGGAGAGGAUAUGACUGAAGUUUUCUAAAUUGGGAAAGCAGUUAAUAGCAAACAACAAAUGCAAAAUUUGUUUGCUAACUCAUAUGAUGCCAGGACUGCAGGACCUCUGGACAAGUGGGAGACUGGUUUAACAGAAAUAAUUGAAGGUGCUUCUUAAUGCUAAAUAAUUGGAAGCUGCUAUUGCUGGAGAUUGUGAUGGAAGGCAGUAUCAAUUGGUGUAGAAGGGAAAUGGUGAAAAAAUUGAGAACUAAAGCUCAAAUAAAGCUAAAACAAAUACUAAAGGGAAUAGGCAAACAUUCCUCAGGCUGGUUUUUCAUGCUGACCUUAAGCAGUCACUCAUAGUCACUCAGUGCUGGAAACAUACAGCCAUGGUGGAAUGAUUGGUCAGACCCGGAGAAGUAUUUCAGCCUUAUGACUUUCUCUGAGAGGGCUUGAGUGAGAUCUGCUUGGGUGAGGGAUUUAUUAGCUCUUGUGCUGUUUUCCUCUCUUCUGUAGUCUCUGAGAAGGAAUAAAAAGAGAAGAGUGGGAGAGAAAUACGAAUCAUCUUGCAACAGCACUUCUGCACUUCUGUAUUUUUUCCUGGAAAUUCCCCUCAGGUUCCCAGUGUAUUUGUGAUUUAUACGCGCAUCUUUAUGUCUACAUGACUUGUCUGCCCCCUCAGAGUCUCUAUACUUAAUAGCCAAUUAUGUCAAUAGGGGUUGAACUUUGAUUUCAGUAGGCCAGUUUCCAUAAACAUGAAGUGAGUAAGCAGAGCUUACAGUGCUCAUUUUAGGAGAGGCUUCUCUUGUGUGGGCAGCAAACUUCCUCUCCUUGAAAUUAUUAGGAACCUUACCAGGGAAUCUCCUCCUCUACAGCCUGAUUUUUGGUAUUUUCCAGUGUGUUUCUUCAUUUGGGCAGCAGCUUGUUUUAUGGGGGUUGAAAGUUCAUUGUCAAGUAACUUAACUUUUUAUUGAAAAUCACAGAAGGGUUGUUAUUUCUCCCUGUGCUAUCUCUCAUCAUGUGCAAAGCCUCUGCCCUGGCAAAAAGGCAUAAACAACAGCUCCAGCCUAGCAAGUGCUUUCAGGAAGGGUCUCGGCUGCUUGGAAGUCUAGGUAAGAGCCCCUGCUAUGGGGCUUGCUUUUAUGACUGACAGAAUAGUCUGUAGAGCAGAGGACUGUGAGGUUCACUCAGGUUUUCCCUGUGCAGUUACUUUAUAGCUUGUAGAGUUGCCUUUUACCCUGUUGGCCUGUGCUCAAGCACACCAGUUGUCCAUGUGUUUAUCCCAGCAAUACUGUGGGACAGUGCUAAAUGUUACAGGUAAAAUGAGUCUAGAUAUUUAAAAGUGAUUACAAAAUCUGAUUCCCUAUAUCCAGUUUGAGACAUGCUCCUUUUAAAAUGUAAAGUUCAAAUAGAAAAAGGUAACUUUUUAAAUGCUUCUGGGAAAUGCUUUCAAAUGAUUUUGUAGAUACACUGAAGGGAAUGUUUAAUUUCUCCCAUGACAGAGGUUUUAGUUCAAUUUGUUUUCCCUUUGUGCCUUUCUCCCCACAAGACAAUUGUAUCCUGUAAUCAAACUCUCUUAUCUCUUUGAUAAACUAAACAAAUUGAAUUGCUGUAAGCCUACCUUUCUUUAUAAAGUUACUUCUAUGGUGAAUAAAUAAUCCUCACAGUCUUUUCUAAAUCCGCUCUACUACUUCAACAUACCGAUUAACACAUUAGCAAAACAGCAGUAUAUGAUCUUGAACACUCCUCCAUUUUUUUAGAUUGUAAUAUUUGUUUAUUGUUCUUCCAUAUUUGUUAAGGGCUUACAGUGGUGGAGACUUAAUUAGUAUAUUAGUUGUAACUUUUUUAGUUUAUUAUUUUAACUGUGUUGUAACCCUGUGACAUGGCUACCAGUUAAGCCACAAAGCUCUUUGCUGUAGCUAGUGAAACUUAGUAAAUUGAACUAGCUUUUUACAUCCUCAUGCCUUCUGGUGCAUGUGGGAGAAGAAAAAAAAACCAAACCAUAGCACUGCAUACAUUAGCACUAUUUCUAAUGCGCAGCUGAAAAGAAAACUUCAGGCUUGAGGUAUAAUGGCAUCAUAUCUUGACCUCUAGUGUAUGGGCUUACCCUCCACAAAUAAUAGUUUUCUUGCUUCAAUAUCAGAAAUAAAAAUAACAUGGAAAUAAGGCUGCUUACAUUUUUUAAACUGACAAUACAUAUAGAAAAAAAAAAGUAAAAUUUAGAAAUGUAUUUUUCCCUCUGUUUAUCCAAGUAUUGUAACACUAAAGUGAGGUAAAAUGGCAUAAUUCUUUCCAGUUGAAUGAUUCAUUUAAGUACUCCUAUCUGAAAAGCAUACAGACAUAAACAUUUUAGGGAGAUAAUUUACUUUUUGUAGAUAAACUCAAUGAAAAGGGAAGAAAAAAUCCUUCUCGUAUACAGCAUGCAAUACUGGCACCACAUUGUUGUUCUGUCUUUUGUUCUAGUUUAUAAUCAAAAUGGCCUUCAUGCUGAUAAAUGAACAGGAAUGGAGCAGAUAGCAAGACUUUGUUUGUGUUGAUUAAAGAACGUUGUUUCUUUUGAGAAA